AAUUCCUGGUGGGUUGUCAAACUUCCGUUUGUUUACAUUUUUCCUCGAACCGAAUUCUCGGCGUGCAGAAGUGAAAACUCUGGUGAAAAACUGCUGAUAUUUUUCACACCAACUCGCUCGUGAGAUAGUUUUCAGCGAAAAAGGCGCGCUUGCAGGCUAAAAGAAUAAAAACAACCCUCCAAAAACAAUUUUCCACGGUGAUUAUGAGCGCGCGGUCGGAAACAGUGUGCAGCAAGGAAAACGCACCGCGUAGCAUGAGCCGCUAGGAUGUGUUAUGUCGUGAUCGCGAAGUUCAUCCGUCGGCGAUUGGUUCUUGCGAUUAUUUUUCUACUCUCCCUGUCCUACUGUAUGGUGCACCUGAUACGAAGGAACAACAAUCUAGGUUUAAAUGAAGAUUAUCUGCAGACGCAGCUGCUGCGUAAAAACAUUAUCUGGACCAAAGCAAGACACUAUUCGGGACGUGCACAGGUACCGGCACCGGGUGCGGAUCCGGCACUGAUUGGGGCCGGCGGUGCCAACGAAACCGACGAGCAGCUGGAACCGCUCACCUGCCGGAACUCGAUCCAGGGCAAAUCGCUCAUCGUGGACGAUCGGGGGUACGUGUGUUCGCGGGCCGAGCUGCAAAAGAACGGAUGCUGUAGCGAGACGGACUCGCGGGGGAAUGCGAUCGAGGGUGGGAAACUGUUUCCCUGCCGUACCUGUUUGCCGAACCGGUGCUGUGCCGUGUACGAGUACUGUGUAUCAUGCUGCUUGAACCCGGACAAGCGCCCAAUCCUGGAGGAAGUGUUAGCCAAAGCAAACGGUAGACAGGUGGCACUGUACGCCGAAGUGACCGAUCAGUUCGAGCUCUGCCUGACCAAGUGUCGCACCAACUCGCAAUCGGUACAGAACGAAAACAAAUACCGAAAUCCGGAACAGAAGCACUGUUACGGCGAGAUGAGCGAAGGACUGUGGCCAUCCGGCAGCGGAAAGGACACCCAAAAGAUGCUACCGGAUGAUGCGUGAAGGGUAUCUCCGGAGGUUGUUGGUAAGAUAGUUUAGAAAGGCUACAGUCCGCAGUCAGUCAGAAACGGAAUUACGGCACACAUACACGUAUAUGAAAGGUCAAUUUUACAUUACACCUGGCUGGCUCUUGAUGUGGUCCCUUCCUUUUACCGGUAUGGCGUAAAGCGCCAAGUGGAAGAAGAAAACGUAACUCUACUACCUAUAAUAAAGACAACACGUAUUUGUUAGAAAUAAUAAUAGGCAAAAAGAAACAGAAAA